GAGAGAGAGAGAGAGAGAGACGCAGGCAUGAGCGCUUCAUACCUAGCGAGGAGGGCUGCUCAGAAGGAGCGCGUGAGGAUCCUCUACAGAAGGUGUCUGAAGGACACUCUCAACUGGGCUGUCCAUCGCCAUCUAUUCUAUCAAGAUGCAUGCGACAUGAGGGAUAAGUUUGAGGCCAACAGACAUGUGGAAGAUCUUGAUACAAUUGACAGAUUGAUUGCUGAUGCUGAAGCAACUCAUAACAAGUUUAGGCACCCUGAUCCAUACAUUGUUCCAUGGGCUCCUGGUGGUUCAAAGUUUACGCGAAACCCAACACCGCCUUCUGGGAUUGAGAUAAUUUAUGAUUAUGGGCAUGAAGAUAAUGUCGGAAACCAAGCAUCCCUUUCUAUGCCAAUGAGUAAACAUUGAAGUCUUCAAUCCAUUAGGUGAUUCGGUUGCCUGUGCCUGCCUGUAUUUCGUUUGAGAACAUGACAUGUUGAAGUGACCUCUGCAAAACCAACUUAUUCUCAGGGCUUUUUCAAAAAUCCUUGCAUGUGGAUAAAUUCUCUAUUACUUGUGAUACUCUUCUUCAUUGGUUGAAGUUUCUAGGUAUUUAAAUUAUCCAAUAUCGAUGCAAGU